AUGGCAACCCAGCUCGAGUACACUCAGGUCGAAUUACUGACGCUUAGCGGCCCUGCAUUCCGCCGAGUGUCAACUGCUCCCCCGCGUCUGCCAACCGAAGAUGAAAUCCCGGUCAUUGAUCUUUCUUCGAUUGAUCAGGAUCUAGAAGCGAGGGAGGCAAUUGCAUCCAAGAUAAGAGCAGCGGCAGAGAACACAGGGUUCUUCUAUGUCAAAAACCACGGCAUCCCAGAAGAGCUGAUUCAGGAUGCGUUAUCCCAGGCGAAGGCUUUCUUCGCGCAGCCAAUCGAGCAGAAGGAGCUAGCCUCAAGCAACCGGCCGCACAAUCCUGAUGGCUGGCAAGGGCUGGGGAGUAGCCAGAUCAAUAAAACGGAAACAAGGGACCGAAAAGAGACUUUCUCUCUGCGAUAUAGCCCCAGGAAUGACCCAGUCGCUCAUGACCCAGCUACAGCGCCUGUCGGUGAAGACUUUGCGUGGGACACCACCAGCCAUCUCCCUGGGUUCAAAGAAACAACAGUCAAAUUCUACCAGCAGCGUCUGGCGCUUGCGCGGAAAAUGAUCCGCCUUUUCGCUCUGGCAAUGGGCAUGCCAGAAGACUAUUUUGAUUCGAUAACUACGAGUCCCAACGCCGACGGGCUCUACACACACUAUCCCGCCACGCCGGCAGAUGAGCUCAAGCAGAAUAACGGCGACGUCGAUGUCGGCAUUGGCUCGCACACUGAUAUAACUUGCGUCACCCUACUGUGGCAGGAUAUGUCUGGGGGCUUGCAGGUCCUCUCCUCUGGUGAUGAAUGGCUCGAUGCUCGGCCUAUACCCGGCACCCUGGUUGUCAAUCUUGGGGACUUCCUGCAGCGUCUCUCUAAUGAUAGGUUCAGGUCUACUGUACACAGAGUUUAUAAUCGUCAACCCACCUCCAGGUACUCGAUGCCGUUCUUCCUGGGAUUCAAUCCGGACUCGGUUUGCAAGGUUGUGCCUUCGUGUAUUGACGAGGCUCAUCCCGCUCUUUACGAGCCUAUUUCCUCUGGCAAGUGGUAUCGGGAUCGACUUGACCUCGCUCACGGAAGGCCCCUGUCUAAAUGA